UGGAUAUGCGGAGGUUCCGGGCGGGGGAAGGGAUUGAGUGUGUGCGGUGAGUGUGUGAGUGUGUGUGUGUCUGUGUGUGUGUGUACACAGCGCAGGGAGAGAGCGCAUGCGCCUUGGCUGGCGGGGCCGAAUGUUUCCCAAGUGUUUGAAACUGGUAUUUGGGUUUUCCACGUUGGAUCUAGCGCGGCGUAUGGGAGCGAGGAGGCUGCGUUGAUAUCGCCGGGGAGCGGCGGCGGCGGCGGUGAGGAGCAGAGCGGGGAAGGGGGGAGCGGAGGAGAAGCGGAGCAGAGCGGCGCUGGCGCAGGCAGAGGGGCUGCCGCUGCCUCUGACAGACACUUUGCAGAGCACAUUUUGUUUCCAGAUUGUUUCGGAGGAGCUGGUUUAAACCCCCCUCUUUUCUCCUCCUCCUCCCUCCCUCCCCUCCCCACACACACACACAAAUCCCUCUGAUUGUUCUUACCACCUCCUUCGUGAAUUACCCACAACGACAGCCAUUCAAUCAGCUGCUGCUGGCUGUAGGGGACUAGCGGAGGGUGUGUGUGUGUCUCUCUCUCCCUCUUUUUUACACAAGAGGAGUCAGAUGUAGCUUCCCUCGGUUUUUUUGGGGGGGAGCUACCGAGAGAGGUGGGCAGGGAGUGAGACCUUCAUCGGGGUUACCGUCUUUGAAGGGAGCAGCACUUGCUCUCACACAGAGAGGUGUGGGGAAGGAUUUUUGUUUCUCUGCCGGAUGAAAAUGUUGAGUCCUGCAAACGGAGACCAGCUUCACCUAGUGAACUAUGUGGAGGAUUAUCUGGACUCCAUCGAGUCUAUGCCCUUCGAUCUGCAGAGAAAUGUCUCCUUGAUGAGGGAAAUUGACGCCAAAUAUCAAGAGAUUCUGAAGGAUCUGGAUGAUUACUAUGAAAAAUUUAAACGGGAGACAGAUGCUGUGCAGAAGAGGAGAAUGUUGCACUGCAUACAGAGAGCCUUGAUUCGGAGUCAGGAACUGGGGGACGAGAAGAUCCAAAUCGUCAGUCAGAUGGUGGAGCUUGUUGAGAACAGAACAAGGCAAGUGGACAGCCACAUGGAACUGUUUGAGACUUGUCAAGAGACUAAUGACACCACUGGAAACAGCGGGAAAGGCAGCCAGGAUAAGUCAAAGAAUGAGACAAUCGCACAGGCUGAAAAGCCCAACAACAAGAGAUCGAGGAGGCAGAGGAAUAAUGAGAAUCGAGAAAAUGCCUCAAAUAAUCAUGAUCAUGAUGACAUCACCUCAGGAACACCUAAGGAGAAGAAAGCAAAAACAUCCAAGAAGAAGAAACGAUCCAAGGCUAAAGCAGAGCGGGAAGCUUCUCCCCCUGACCUUCCUAUUGACCCUAAUGAGCCAACAUACUGCUUGUGCAACCAAGUCUCCUAUGGAGAAAUGAUUGGAUGUGAUAAUGAUGAGUGCCCCAUUGAAUGGUUUCACUUCUCUUGUGUGGGACUCAACCAUAAACCAAAGGGCAAAUGGUACUGCCCCAAAUGUAGGGGAGAAAACGAGAAAACUAUGGACAAGGCAUUGGAGAAAUCUAAAAAAGAAAGGGCAUACAAUAGGUAGUUUGUAGACUUUUCAUAGUGAAGGAAAAAACCCACCAAACCAGUGUAUUUAUUGUCAGUGUCACCUUUGUUGAGGUGAAAGGAUUGUAAAAUGUAUAUUUUUAAAGGAGGUUUAAAACAACCAUUCCUGUUACAGGGACGGCAAUAAGAAAUUUUGGUUUUCAUUUGGUAAGCUGUAACAAGAAUGUGGUCUGUGGACCAAUGUAUUC